AUGACCUCCUCCACCCUCAAGCUCGUUUCGUGGGACGACUACUGCGGCGUCCACGGAUCAACCGACGAACCUAACGCUGAUCACGACGUGUUUGACGCCGACGCAAGUAGUGACGAAGAGACUGACGCUGGCGACAACGAUAUCCCUGCCCUCCGCGCAACUGCCACGCCCACCUUUACGCUCGGAUCGUAUUUCUCUACCCCGGCUCGAUCGUCCACCAGCGACCUCUACCGCGCAAUCAACGUACCGACGUUUGCCCUCGUGCGCGGUAGCCCGCGCAAGGGUGACCGCGCUCCUCCUCGCCCCACGACGAGCUCGCUCCGACUCAAUGGCAGCGCUAGCGGCGCUAGUCACGGCUCCAGCGUCGGCCCCUACACCAUGACCAAGACCAAUGUCAACGCCGACAAUAACGUGGAUUCCAGCACCUCCCAUGUCGACAGAAACACCGGCGCCACCCACAUCCAUACCUCCAUGACCAAGACCAACACAUACGUCCACGCCGACGCCAACCCUCGCGACAUUCCCUCGUGCCAGCCCAAGGUCCUGAAACUGACGCUUCCCAAGAAGCGCCGGGUGAAGCGCGUCGACAAUCCAGCCAAACAUGCCAAGCACGCGCCAAAGCGCCGCCCGCUGCAGGCAAAGGUGGCGAACGCAGCUUAA